AUGCCUGGAUGGCGCUGCUGCACCACCUCGCCCCGCGCCCACCCUGCCCCCUGCCCAGCCCGCCCGCUCCACCUCGCCCCGCGCCCGCCGCAGGAGCUGUGGCGCGGCAAGGUGGAGCAGGUGUCGUGGCGGCCGCGCGCCUUUGUGUACCACAACUUUUUGUCGGAUGAGGAGUGCGAGCACCUGAAGGAGCUGGCCCGCAAGCGGCUGACCAAGUCGACGGUGGUGGACAACAAGACGGGCAAGUCUAUGGACUCCACGGUGCGCACCUCCAGCGGGACCUUCCUGGCGCGCGGCGAGGACGAGGUGGUGCGCGCCAUCGAGAAGCGCAUCUCCCUGGUCACCAUGAUCCCGGAGGAGAACGGCGAGGCGAUCCAGAUCCUGAAGUACGUGGAUGGACAGAAGUACGAGCCGCACACCGACUACUUCCACGACAAAUACAACUCUCGCACCGAGAAUGGCGGGCAGCGUGUGGCCACCAUACUCAUGUACCUGUCCACGCCCGAGGAGGGCGGCGAGACGGUGUUCCCCUACGCCGAGAAGAAGGUGGAGGGCGAGGGGUGGAGCGAGUGCGCGCGCAAGGGGCUGGCGGUGAAGGCGGUGAAGGGCAGCGCGCUGCUGUUCUACAGCCUCAAGCCCAACGGCGAGGAGGACCAGGCCUCCACACACGGCUCCUGCCCCACGCUGGCAGGAGAGAAGUGGAGCGCCACGCGGUGGAUCCAUGUGGGUGCCUUCCAGCCCGGCGGCGCCAAGGGAUGCAAAGACGAGAAUGAGAAAUGCGAGGAGUGGGCCGUCAUGGGCGAAUGCCAGAACAAUCCCGCGUUCAUGAAGAGCAAUUGCAAAAAGUCCUGCGAACUGUGCUGAGGCCCUCCUCGCCAGCCAGGCUAGCGCACGGCGCACCACACGCCAGGCAGGCCCCAACCACACGCCCGGUGGUGCACCUGCAUCGCAGGCGAAUCUAACCCCGGUUUCAUGCAUGAGAAGUGUCGACUCAGUUGCGAGGUGUGCGACAGAGCCAAUAACAAGUUUCUCAAGGCACGGGGAAGAAAGGAGGCGCUAGGAAUGUAGCGCAGGCUUGUGACAUCUAUCUGUCCCCACACUUCCUUUCUGCUUGCUACUCUCCUCUCCUGCUCGCUAUCUGUACCUGGUCCUCGCGAACCUGUAAGGAUUGAUAGGCC